GCCUCUUCCCGGAGACCUGCCGGAGUGAUGGGCUGCAUCGGAUCCCGCACCGUGGGAAAUGAGGUGAUUGCAGUAGACUGGAAGGGACUGAAAGAUGUGGACCAAAUCAAUAUGGACAGCACCAGUUCACUACAUGGCAGCAGCUUCCAUCGUCCUUCUACUGAGCAAACACGGACAGAUUUCUCCUGGGAUGGUAUCAAUCUCUCCAUGGAAGAUACAACCUCCAUCCUCCCCAAGCUGAAACGUAACUCCAAUGCUUAUGGGAUUGGGGCUUUGGCUAAAUCAUCUUUCUCUGGGAUAUCCCGCAGCAUGAAGGACCAUGUCACAAAGCCAACGGCUAUGGGCCAAGGCCGUGUGGCUCACAUGAUUGAAUGGCAAGGUUGGGGUAAAGGUAACAGCCAGCAGCAGCAACAUACGCACGAGACGGCACGCAAAGAUGCUGACGCCUACUCAGACCUGAGUGAUGGUGAAAAGGAGGCCCGGUUCCUUGCAGGAGUGAUGGAGCAAUUUGCUAUAUCAGAGGCGACUCUCAUGGCCUGGUCCUCCAUGGAUGGUGAGGAUGUGAGUGUAAACUCAAAUCAGGAGAAUCCAGCGGGCAACUACUCUGAGAAUUAUCAGGAACUAAUGGAGAGCCAAGAGCACAUGGCCCAGACGCAGUAUGAUAGCUGGCCUCAUUCCUACGUCUCACAGGGCAUGUAUUGCUUAGGUUCAUCUGAUGCCUGGGAGACCAGUGAUCAGUCCCUCAUUGCUUCCCCUGCAGCUGGCUCCUACUUAGGCCAGAAUUUUGAUGAAUCGCAGACAAACCUUCAGGAAAGUAUUUUGAUUCAGAGCAGCCUUCUCCAGCAGCAACAGCUGCAGCAACAGCUGCAGCAACAGCAGCAGGAGCAAAACUUCAUCCAGAGCACGGGGCUGGUCCAUGUGUGGCCUCUGCAGACUGCGCAGGGUGGGAGUGGCGCUGAAUCCAGCACUUACAUGGAGGACCACCUUGAGGAUAAUGGGAACCCACGGCUGGAGAAGGCUCCUCUCCUAAACAAGAAGCCCUCUCCAGAGGAAGAUGAUGUAGUAUGCCGGGACCUGGAAUCACUGUCUCCUCGAGAGGAGAUGGAACAUGCUGCGCUGAGCCGCAAAGUCUCUGAUGUUACCUCUUCUGGGGUGCAGUCUUUUGAUGAGGAAGAGGGAGAAACAAACAACUGAUGGUUUUUGUGAAAUUCUCAUCACUGCUAAAAAAAGAGUGGGGUGGCAAGGAAUGAAAUGACAGGGAUUAUUCUAUCCAGCUCCCCAUACUUCCAAGCAGACACACUUUCAGUUUCUGACGUUUAAUUAUUUUUUUAAACAAGAGGAAAAUCUCAAAGUGAUUGACACACGAAGACCUCUUCUUUCCCUCUACAAUGGACACAUAUUUUCAAUUUUCAUUGCUCUGAGCAAUGCACCUGAGGUGCUUGAAGAGAUCUGGAUUGGUAAAUCAUUUCUAAAUCUUUUAAAUACAAAGUCUUGGCUCUGGAUUCAAACUCUUCUGGUAUAGGGAUAUGGCUGAUGCAAUAGGCUUGAUAUAGGGAGUGGCUUUGUGGCUAGAAUCCAUUCUGGCAGAAUGGAUAUUGCUUUGUGGACAUGAUGUUUUUGAUAGAAUAUAUGAAUAUAGACUGUUUUAAAAUGAAGAUAUGGCUUUACAAAUAUAGAUUGCACUAGUAUAGUGAUUGUGGCUGCUACAGAGAAUAAGGCUGUAUUCAAUACAGACUGUACUGAGAUGAAGGAUUCACUGUGUAACCAGAUCCUCAAUAGCACCUUGAUAUGAAAUUGUAGGCUCAGUGGAUACAGACUGCGCUCCAUGGGCAUGGGCUGUGCUGCAGUACAGAUGGCCUGGCUCUGUGUGCAUGGCUGUACUGUGGCAUGGAGGAAUGAGUGCAGAUAUGUAUCUAACCCUGCUCUGAGAUACUCACGCUUUGGUUUCUUUGUAGUCUUUAAUUUAUUUGUUUCUCUCUUUGACAUUUCUAUCUUCCCAGGAGCUGGCAGGAAUGCUGUGUCCUUUUGGCAUUGGGCACCGAAUACCAGUAGAAAGGACUUUGUCAGCUACUGAGUCAGUCACCAAGAGCUGACUCUUGUGGGGGGCUUGAGAACAUGUCCAUCUUGGUGCUGCUGCAGCAUCCUUAUGUCUUUUCCUUUGCCAGCAACAUUGGCAGACCAAGAGAGUCUGCAGAUCCAGGAAUAGCAUGUACAGCUAUGAGAUCACAGAUUUCCAGUUUACGCUGGAAUUUUCAGUUGUUGCUUUUUUAAAAAAAAACUUUUUAUAUUGCUGUUUAAGUGUUCCUAAAAAAGCAGUUAGUAGUGGUGAAGGCCUGUUCUCCCGUCGUUACUUACUAUAAAUACUGCACCUUUCCCAUUUCUGCCACUCCUUCUGCAGUGCCAAACGCAGACGGAGGAAAGGGGCUAGAGACAAAGUUUCUUCCUAUUUCUUUCUUCUCCUUGCUUAUAUAUAUUUUUUUCUUUUGUUUUCCUACCUUCAGACAAUGUAAAUAACAAUCAAAGCUUGGUCUGUUUCUUUUGCCCCAUCUCUGCUCUUUUUUUAGGAGUGGAGAAAGCUGAUUUUACAAGUUUUUUCUAUUUUUUUGGGUUCUGUUUUUUUUUUUUUCUUUCUUUCUUUUUAAUGUUAAAAAAAUUACAGUUUGUUGACUGGUGGGAAUUUGGUCUCUCACAGUUCCUCACUAUGUUUCUAUGGACCUCCUUUUGAAGGGAAAGGACUUUGUAAGGUAACUAAAAAACUGUCUUCUCUUAAGCUUUCACCAGGAAACAAAUGGGAACAGAAAUAAAAGAAAAAAAAUUG